GCUCUCUCGGGAUUAUAAGAUGUCUGAGACUGGCCGCAAACGAACUAAAUUUUCCACUGAGAUUAGGAAGCCGCUUCCAGCAUCUACUCCAGGUUCGAAAGUGCACUCGGAAUGUCAGAGUCCCUACCGUAUCAGCGACGACACGAAGAGCACGUGCAGUGCCUUUUCGGACAACAAUCGCGUCGGUCAGAAACCUGUGUCAGGGCGCAAGUUACGGGCUCGGUUGCAGGGUUUACUCCGCUCCAAGGUGGUUAAGCAGGUCGCUCCUCUAGAACGUGAAGAAACUGAGCUUCCUAUCCAAUCGAUUUUUGGUCGUAAUGAACCCUCCACCUCGUUAGAAGGAAUUCCGUUUAAUUUAAUUCCACCGUUGCCACAUGGGUACACCAAAAAUGAAUCACAGUUACAACCAGAGGAUCCGAAUUAUGUGGGCACUAGGGACCAAUGCAAAGCAUCCACCAAGGCCUUUCCGAACGCAGUGUUUGGUAGCCACUCGGCGCACAAGCGAAGCACCAAACACGCUCCCAGCAGUACCGAGGAGCCGGAACACCACUCAAGCACGUGUUAUCAACACCAUCAUUUGGUUAUAAGAGAAAAACGCACCAACGCCACGAAGCCCAUCGUCGUACCGGGUCGGACACACCAUGGCUACCACCAACACCGGCACCAUCAUUCAAAAUCGCAUCAAAAAUCACACGGAACCGAACGUUUGGAGUCAGUGGAAAUGCCGACUAUUCUCUCGUGUGCUGAGCUAAGCGCUUCGGAGGAUGGAGUGAGUUAUGUUCUUGCAAAGUUGCUUCAUUUUAUUCUGAUCAGUUUUCACAAUCUAUCCACUAGUUACGUGCCAAUGUGCGUGCGGGAUGGAGUGUUUUGA